ACCGCACCUCCACACCUCGUCCCAACUACUGACUGAACCCCAUACCUUCUCCUUCCCAAUCUCUUUUCUCUCAACCGACCAGGGAAAGGAAAGUAGUAUAAAGAGCCCCCCACCAUUGCUGCCCUUCACUUCAUUCCAACUACUCUUUUCUGAAUAAGAGAGAAGUUCUAGAUACAUACAUAUCUAUCUGAAGACACAAGCUGCAGCGGCAUGUCUCUGUUUGUUCUUCUUUGCUUGCUGCAUACUAAGUGAUCGAGCCUCGUGAGAGGACAGAGGGAGAAACACUUGAAUCAUCCCUUACGCCCCCGUUAUAAUUGGCUGCCAUAUAAGGAUGGUGGAGUCUAUGGCUGUCGUGGUGAUCAGGGGGUACGACGCGCAGCGGGACCGACCUCCUCGGCGAUCCCCUCUGCCGUGUCCGUCGCUCCCCCUCCUUCCUCAUGCUGUAAGUUUGCGUAUGCGAAGAAGCACAAUCAUACUGUUAAUAAAGGUGGCGGAGAUGGUUAGCGGGCCGGAGAAGGAGAUCGUUGGGCUUGUCCACGGGUGCAUCGCACCGUGGCCCGAGGCAACCCUCUUGCCUUGUUAUUACCCUCACCCUCGAAGCACCACACCGCCCCCAUCUAUGCGAAGGUGGACCUCCGCGGCUCCGCCUGUUGCCGGGGGCUCGCACUGAAGCUGGUGCAGCGGAUGGAGGAGUGGUCUAAGGAGAAGGGGGCGGGGUACGCGUACAUGACGCCGGAGAAGGACAACUAAUCGUCUUUCCGCCUCUUCACUGGGCGGUGCGGUUACUCCAAGUUCCGCACCCCCGCCAUCCCGGUGCACCCCGUGUUAGCCCCCACCACCUUCCCCUUCCCCCACGCGUCGCCAUCCUCCGCCUCACCCCCGCCGAUGCCCAGGCCCUGUACCGCCGCCGCUUCGCCGCCACCGAGUUCUUCCCCCCGACAUCGACAUCGUCCUCACCAACCCGCCCUCCCUGGGUACCUUCCUCGUUGUUCCUCCUUCCCUCGUGAUCCCGUGAACACGCACACGUGAACGACUGCGCGUGGGCCCUGUCCCGCAUUUCCCGUGAUCCCUCCCAUCCGUGAACUCCGUAACAGGGCGUGGGGGAUUGUACCUCAGGUUAAUCUAAUCUAAUAUAAUCGAGUGGCAUCGUUAGGUCCCGUGGGACGACGGAGAAGGACACCGUGACGUCGACAACCUCCCUCGGCACCUUCCUCGCCGUCCCUCCUUCGCUAGUGAUCCCGUGAACACCCACCCGUGAACGACCACGUGGGCCCUGUCCCGCAGGUCAUCCCUCCCACCCGUGAACUCCGCAACAAGGCGUGGGGGACCUCGGCUCCCGAGCGGUGGCGGCGUGCGAGCCGCUCUCCCAAUCACUGUCUUUAAUACUUCCUCGCCGUCCCUCCUUCCCCCAUGAACACGCACGCGUUAACGCCCGCACGUGGGCCCUGUCCCGCAGGUCGGUCCCUCCAACCCGUGAACUCUGUAACAGGGCGUGGGGGAUUGCAUCUUAGGCUAAUCUAAUCUAAUCUAAUCGAGUGGCAGACGAUGGAGGCGUGAUCUAAGGUGAAGAGGGCGGAGUACGCGUUCAUGGCGACGGAGAAGGACACCGUGGCAUCGACGCCGUCCUCGUCAACCCGCCCUCCCUCGGCACCUUCCGCGCGGUGGACCGGGCGCUGCCGUGGCUGCGCAUCCCCCGCUGGAGCGGCUCGCACGCCGCCACCACUCGGCAGCCGCGGUCCACGACCUGUUGUGCACGUGACGGAGUUCACGGAUGGGUGUGAGGGAUCACGAGACCUGCAGGGCAGGUUCACUCGUCCUCUUGCGGGGCAGGAUCACGAGACCUGCAGCAGGUUCACUCGUCCUCUUGCGGGGCAGGAUCACGAGACCUGCAGCAGGUUCACUCGUCCUCUUGCGGGGCAGGCUCACGGGGCAGGCUCACGAGACCUGCAGGCAGGAUCACGAGACCUGCUUGUACGAGAUCUGCCGGAAGCGAAGUGGGCAGACAACGGAGACGACGUGGUGGCUGUCGACCAUGAGGUUCCACUUCAGAGACGCGAAUGAUGCCGGACCCAUAGGACCAACGCUGAACAUUAGCGCAUCGCACAAAGUAGCUCACGUCGUUGUCGAGGGCACUCACCUCACGGGUGGGCUGACUUUUGAGAGGGAGUAGGUCGAAUCAUUGUCUAUAAAAUGGUACUCAUGGUACAACAACGAGUACGAGUUGUGAAAUAAAUUCGAGUUGUGAAAUAGUAGCGUGAGAAGGAUGGCUGGUGUGAUGCUAUUUAUUUUUAUGUUGUUUAUAAUGAUUAUUUUAAUGUUUUUUAUUGGCGAAGGUAAAGACUGCUGUGCCGAAAACCUACCGUGUUGUCAUCCAAAUCCAGCGUCGGUUAAUGUCACUAUGUAGUUUAUUAUCAUCUAAUCCUCCUCGUUAACUUAGGUUAUCUUAUCUAGUGGGAUGUGUGAUUAACUUCUUAGAGUUGUAUUUUAAUUUUGUAAUAUAUGGCUGUGAUUAAGCGUUU